AUGUCCCUCCAAGACGACGUCGACGCCAGCCACAGUCCUCUGCGCCCGUCCAGCUCGUGCAGCAGCAUCUGCACGCUCGUGCCCGAUGACGAGAGCCUGUCAGAUGUAGACGCUGAGGUCGAGGCCUCCGGAAGGGGCGAUAAGCCGGAGUCGGCCCUUUCCAAAGACAGUGUUUCAUCAACCGGAGCAACAAACGACGAGCCUCUUGACCGGGAAGCAGCGCGCAGAGAUGCGCUGGAUUUUCUAGCGUCUAGGCACAUCUGCCUCCCUACAACCUACGCGGAAGCCACAAAUUUAGCGGCCUAUUUUCCGCAGCAUGCCUCUGCCAUCUUGUCUCUACCGAUCCGCUCCCCGAGGCCCUCGAAAUCGCGCACGCCGUCCUCGAACGAGACCGGCGUCGCUCGGCCCGUAAAGAGGACGGAUUCAAUCCCCCGAACACAUCCGUCUGUAGGUCGCGACGCCGGUCAGGUCUCAAGAUCUGCGUCUGCGCAUUCAUCCGAUAAGCCCAAUUGGGCGCUGGCGCCAGACGAGCCCGAGAACUCUCAGUCGAAGAGUCCGACUCGUGGCCGUGCUGUAUCGCGCAAGGACGAUAAACCCAACGCACUGGUGAGAGGUCGCGGACGGGAAGAACGUCGCAGCAAGGAUGCACGCAUUCCCUCCAUGCCCGCCCCGCUUUCUAGGACACCCGAGCGCGGACUCUCGAUGAAGCCGGAGCCGAUCUUACCCUUGCAGGUGACCAAGUGGCUGCAGUCCCUGCCUAUGGAGCAGGACAAUUUCAGCAUUGAAAACGCUGCGUCGUCCACCCUCGAUUGCGUGGAGCCAGUGGUGCAAGUUCGUGUCCGCGUUCCUACAGAGGAACUCAUACUUUCUGCCCCUGCAUUCGCUAAAAUUACGACCAAAUCUAUCCAUGGUGGACUUCAGCUAGCAAGUGCCGGCCCGGCUUCGAAGGCUCUCCCCCAGCAAAGUCUCGAAGCGCACCCUCAUCAACAGGGGUCCCAAUCUGGCCAUGACGUCUGUCCGGGGAAGGCACCAGGCGCUCAUUAUCCUGCGGCAUCUGAUGCUGCCGUAUCCCAGCGACACCACGGUCACCACCACCCCGAAUCGCAGCGCAGUCAAGUAGAAACUCAGCGAGUCAAAACUGCUUCCGCCUCAGCUCGCACCAGCAGCUCGUCCUCCCAUCGACCCUCGUCUCUUAUCCUCAACCCACAGGUUCAUUUUCACCCGCAUACAGGGGCCUUUGGCAAUACCACGCGUCGCGAUCCACUACCCCCCUUGUUUUCCGCCCCCUCGCUGGCGUCUUCUCUGUGCGGGCCGUCGCCCGAGUCGCCUACGACACCGACGAAGCCGCUGACAAUGAGCUCGAUGUCGCGCUCGGAUAUGAGGUGCGAUCUGCCGGAGCUGAUGCGGCGGAUGAUGGCUGACGAGGAGGGUGCGCCGGUGCCGCCCCCGCCGAAGGGGAGGGGCACUGCGAGUGCGCGGGCGUCUGACCAGGGGAGUGGGUGGGUGAGUCGAGAGAUUGUGUUUGGGGAGGGGAGGUCGCCGAGGAGUCCCGUUGGGCGUGCGCGGGAGGAGAGAGGGAGCUAUGGGACUUGCUCGAGGCCAACGAGUGAGCAGGGGCGCGGUCGUCCUGCUGCUCAGGCGGGAGGGGCGAGUCCCCUUGGACGGCAUCAAGUGGUGCCUGAGGAUUACUUUGAUCCUAGGUUCGCUGUGCCUCACCCCGAGCAGGGCGCAAGGCGGGUGCACCAUGGGCAGGCGGGGUCGAAGCAGCAAUCUCCUGCACCCGCUAUCAGGUAUCGCGUUCCGCUGCGUCGCGACUCGUCGCCUGCUACUCAACAGCUGUAUAUGCAUCAUCCUCCGUCUCCGCUUCAUAGUCAGAUCCCUCGGCCCCGUCAGCCUGCCGGCAGUCCCUCGAACGGACCGCAGCUGCUCCCCAACAAUACCGCAUAUAACCACGAUCUCAAUCGCCAUCUGUAUUCACCUUCACGCCCAUCUCCAGCCGCAUCUUCCGUCCAUAGUCCUAUCUACACAACGAAUCAGCGAUCGCAUUCGAGUCCAUCGUCGACACCACCUCCGCAAGUAAAGGACGAAAAUAUCAGACGCAAUGCAUAUAACCAGAUACCCCAGGCACAAUCGCAUUAUCAUACCCAAAGUCAUCAAUCCUAUACCCAGAAGGAGCGCCACCGCGCGCCGGGCAACCAGCUGAGCCUGGACGAGAUCAUGAACUUGCUGCCCCACGAGGGCCUGACGCACCCGGUGCUGUACGAGUAUGUGAAGGCGCAGGUGGAGGCGGGGCUCGACCCGCCGCCGUGGUUCGACCCGAAGGUGUGCGCGGGGAUCCGCGCGAGGGAGGCGCAGGCGCAAGAUAAGCUUGCAGAAGCAGGAGAGAAGCCUGCCCACGGUGACGGGGAGAAGGUCAGCAAGGAUGUCGGCCUCGCCCAGUUUUUGCCGGAUGGACCGCCGCGCGACGGGGUGUUCGUCCAGGCGAAGGAGGAUGGGUGGAUGUCCUUCGGGCAUGGCAGGCAGCAGUAUAUCUUUUACACCUCUGUACUUUUACUGUGGAUCUCCUUCAUGAAGUGGCCAUCGUGGUUGGCGGGAUAUCGGUCCAACUUCACCAGAACCAUGGUGGCAGCAACAGCAGGAUAUCAUGAAAUCUAUGAGUAUAUUGUGACUGCCACGGACGAUGUGAAUGACAUGAUGUGGUCACAGCGACAGAGGAGAAAGUCUGUUAACCCCCAGCGGCGUUGUCAACGUCCAGAUAUUAUAACCGGCCCUCGCACGUACAACGUGUAUGAAGGAAGAACAGAGCACGAAAACAAUGCGGUAUGGACAAAGGUGGCCUAG